AUGGCCAACUACAGUUCGACAUCGGCCUCUUCGUCGAGUAACCUGAAUAACUCGGUGAAGCGCACCAAGAUUCUGCUUCUUGGGCUGCGUCGCAGCGGGAAGACCUCCAUACAACAAGUACUUUUUAACGACCUAUCGCCGAAGCAGACAUUCUACCUGGAACCAACCAUGAGAGUGGUGAAGCAUGCCUACGAUACACUAAUACCACUGGAAAUAUGGGAUUGCCCAGGAAAUAUCACCGUAGAUACACUCGGCGCACCGCUCUCGCAGUUCUCUUCCAUCAUAUUCGUUAUAGACAUUCGCGAUCUCUACAACCAAGCUAUAUCCAAACUCGUUGAAUUCAUCGUUGCCUCGUACCACCAGAACCCGAACAUCAACUUUGAAGUAUUUGUGCACAAAGCAGAAAAGCUCCAAGAAGACGACAAAAUAGAGAACUUCCGACAAAUCCAUGAAAGGGUCUCCGACCGUCUUCUCGAUAUUUCAUCCGAGGAGGCAUCAUACGAGCAAGUGCAGCUGAACUUUCACCUCACUUCGGUCUAUGAUCACUCCCUACACGAAGCCUUUUCGCGCGUCCUGCACAAACUUGUAGAUAGCCUGCCGUACCUCGAAGACCUUCUAAACGGAUUCUGUGCUAACUCCCAAUCACCCAAAGCCUUCCUCUUCGAUAUCUCUUCUCGGCUGUACAUUGCCACAGACGCGUCGCCAGUCGACUCUGCCACGCACAACCUCUGCUGUGACUAUCUCGGCAUGAUCAACGCGUUUGGGCCGCUAUAUCGGUCCAAAGUAGAUAGUUCACCGCGACAACAACGUGUCACGCCCUCAUCGGGUGCGCCAUCCGAGCACUCGCCCGAUUCGCCUUCAGCCUCGCAACCCCAGACGCCCCCUCCGACAGCAGUCACGCCGACAGCGAUACACAGCCCCGCAGAGCCAAGUUCGCGGCGUCCCUCGGCUUCUAGUCCCGCUUUGGCCUCUGGUCGGCCGUUUGCCUCGAGACAAGGACUCAUGCAGGCUGGUUCCAAUCUCCUUCGCCCACCGUUAACUCCAUCGACAUCAUCGUCGUCAAACAACACGGCGGUCUCAAGCAGCGCGUCUUCUGCCCGUCAAACCUCAAGUCCGCCGAAAGACCUCUUCUAUCCAUCCGCGUCUACGACCCUGUCUCCUACGCCAUCCGCAUCUACCAACCACAGUUCGAAACACACAAAAGCUGCGCUAAGCAACCCGACCUCGGGCACGUCCACGCCGAACGGUCAUCGGUCAGGCAACCACGCAGCGUCGUCACCAAACAACGGGACCGCAUCAAACAACGUCAAUAGCUCGUACACAUACCCGAAUGCUACGACGUUGACGUACCAUGCGCUCACUCCGCAUUUGGCGUUAUUGGCUCUGUUGCCUAGCGGUGUGUAUGAAGGCAGGAGGGGUUUGGUAGAGUGGAAUGUCGUUUGGGUGCGUGAGGGUGUGAGAGAGAUUUGGGAGGUUGAGUGGGAGGGAAGGGGAGGCUGA